CCUUGUGAUCCGAUGCGCCUCGCUAGUUACUGCUUAUAUAUAAAGCUAAACGUGGUUGAACUGAGCACAGUACGCCCUUAUACUUUAAUAGCCAUUAUAAAGCAUUAGUAAGACGUUUUUCGCGUCAGCUGUAUAAAAUUCGGGAUGAAUACUAAAUUAUUGCAUAUCAUCGCCAUCCUAUUCGUCUUCGUUCUCCUGCAAGAAUCGAGUGAAGCGAAGAAGGUACUGAUACAUGUGCCUUAUCGUAUUAAAAAUGUCAAGCACACUCAUACCAUUUACAAAAUCAUUCCACAUCAUCACGAGAGUCAUGAUGAUCAUCACGGUUAUGGACAUGAGAAUGAACACUAUGAAUUCUACCGUAAAUAAUUGUAUCGACGGCUAAUUUAUUUCUAUAUGAUAUAAUGGAUCCAUCAGAAUUUUAUAACCUAACUACGUUAGUGUUACACCCAAAGAAUAGACUGUAUAGGCUUAUUAUGUACAAAUUUAAUCUUUAUUCAGACUGUAUUAUAUUUAAUGUAACGAGUGGUAUGUUAAGUUUUAUAUUUGU